UCAAUGUAAAUUUUAAGUGAAAUAAGAUGUAAUCUAUUAAAGAACACCGAAAAUGGGGCGAUCAAAAUUUCCGGGAAAGCCCUCAAAGCAUACAAACAGGAAAAGGGUCAAUGUUCUGCCACCAACAGGAGAAACAACAAAUGUUGAUACAUGUAAUGCAGUGACAGUUGAGUCUGUUGCAGAAAACAAACAGGAUGAGGAUAUUUCCGAAAACGACAGUGAAAGUACUGUCAAUGACAAUGUUUUGAAGACAAAAGUUUCAAUCAAAAGAAGACUGACUAGAAAAAUGCAAAGCUCCUUGCGGAACAAAAACGCAUCGAAAAGGAGCCUCUUGACCAAAAUCUGCGGCAAAACAACAAUAAAAACAAAGCUAACCACUAAAACAACAAGGAACACAAAACUAUCACGUCGGUCAGUCCGUUUCUCCACCGCAACGACUCCAACUAGAACCAACUCGCAGAAGGAGGCCAACAAUUUAGUGGGAAAAUUUGUUUUACCAACCAGAAGUGUGCACUCAUCACGUGUGAUCAAACCUAACAAGCGGUUCAUCAAUGUAGAUCUGAAUGAAUCUCUAACAGUGAAAAAGAAAGUCAUCACCAAGAAGCAUUGCGUCAAACAAGAUGAGGACAAAAGCAAACCGUCGUCUGACGAACAGUGCGGGGAAAAUUCAGGCAGCUGUAGUACUAGUACUAGUGAACCAGUGGUCGAAAAGCCUGGACGCGUCGUGCUGCGACAGGCGAGACUCAAACUUCACACCCAGGCCCCCAGCGGGCCGGAGGGGCCGUUCUCGAGCAACUUAAACAAUGGUUCACCACCAGGGACGGUUACUUGUGGUGUUUGUGGUGCAGUUCGGUUCUAUAGGUUUGUGAAACAAGCCAGGAAAUUCAACAUUUAUAGCUGUGAGUCGUGUAGGAAGUUCAUCUCUAAGAUGAUCAAAAGACAGAGUUGCGGGAAAGGUGUGAAUUCUCUAGUUUGCCUUAAAGGCCAAGGAAUGUGCCAUGUUCCUCCGAUAGUGCGUAGUCAGCAGUGGAAACUGAUCCGGUGCGCUUAUAAAGCGCGGUGUCCUGCUUGUUGGUUAAAGAUGUGCCUUCGUUCAUUUCAAAUGCCUCUGAGUCUAAAGCACAAUUUAUUACAAAUGUUGCCUGAAAACAUGAAAGGGCCUGACAUUGUUUUUAACAACUCGUCCCUGUGGCAAAGCAAUAUUGAAAAUAUUGACACCAAAGUCGACAACAAAGUUAUCGAGACAACGAUUACACAACGACCACUCAGAUUUAGAAAUCCAACAAGCAAUAAAGUUGAACCACCCCCAGUAGCACCGGCACCAGUCGUACCUGCACCCAAUUCAGACAUAAAACGUCAAAAAAUCGACCUCAAAGGUCCCCGUGUUAAACACGUAUGCAGAAGUGCGUCGAUUGUUUUGGGCCAGCCAUUGGCCACUUUUGGCGCUGAAGAGAAGAAAAGUGAUCCUACAGAGCAGCCAAUUGAAACCGAAGACAAGGACAAACCGGUGAUUGUAGAAAAAAGUGUGCCUGAAAAGAGUGGCAAUAAAAGUGACUCGAAUUCUAGUGAGACUGAUUCAUCAGAAGGUGAUAAGAUCAAAAUACAGAUGAUGAUGAGUGCAGCUUCUGUUUCGAGUGUCCGGAGGGAGAGGAAUCAAAAAGCACAAGCCUCAGAGGCACGACCUUCGGACAGAAAACAGACCCAUUAUGACAGUCAGAAUGGGAUCUCCAUCGACUUCUGGGAGGGCUACGACCCCGACGAGAUUUGCCAAAGUGGCUACUGUCUAAUAUCGUCGGAACCGUUCACUAUGCCCUCCAUAUGCUUCCUCUGUGGGAGUGGAGGACGUGACUACUUAAUUUAUUGUUCCAUGUGUUGUGAAUCGUACCAUUCGUUCUGUCUGGAACAGAGAUCCCACAGCAAUAUACGGCAGAAUCUUUGGGUGUGUCCUAAGUGCACCGUUUGUCCGGAGUGCAAUCAGAGCGACAGACAGAAGAUCAACUGUCAGAAGUGCAUGAAGGCCUACCAUCCGGAGUGUUUCAACAACAAGUGGAACAACAGCCUGGACCAACCAACCGUUUGCUCAAAAUGUCUGAGGUGCAAAAGUUGUGGUUCAGAGAACAUCACCAAGUUCGUGGGGAAUCUUCCCUUGUGCAUCACAUGUUUUAAACUCAGAAAAGAGGGCAACUUCUGUCCGAUUUGCCAACACUGUUACGACGAGAACGAAUGUUGUGCAAAGAUGAUGGAAUGCUCCAAGUGCAACAAAUGGGUGCACUCGCAGUGCGAGAAGCUGUCCGAGGAGCACUACCAAAUCCUGGCGAUCCUUCCCGAGUCCGUCGAGUACAUUUGUGCCUUGUGCACGAAGGAACAGACCUGGAGGAAGGCCAUAGAUGCGGAGAUCAAGUCCAGUUUCCAUCACCUCAUCCGUUUGUUGAGUAAAAACAAAACGGCGAGGACCACCCUGAAGUGGAGUCCUUUGAAUAAUCAUUCCCCUUGUCACAAGUCAAUCACCAACGUCCGGAAGUUGCAGUUUUCCGAAGCGGCCAUGGACGUGGACAACAACAAUUGCAGCAAAAGUGUCGCCGACAUCAAUAAGAUCUAUUCGUUCGAAGAGAACGAGCUGCAGAUGAAGGCUGAGUCGGAGAGUUUGGCCAGCACGUUACAUGGUCUCUCCAUGGUUGACAUAAAGAACAAGCUCAACUCCAACGAGUACUGUUCCGUUAGGGAGUUCAACAAAGACAUGGAGGAAGCCCUGGAGAACACGCAUUCGGAGCAGUUGAAAAAGAUCUACCGUUCGAUAUUCCAUUCGAUUUUUCCCUGGUACGAAAUCAACGGUUGCCAAGAAGAGCCGAGUAAAAACGAGGCAGCGACAAAGGAGGAAUCUCAGAGCAACGCGGUGAAGGAAGAAGACCGUGUACAAGUUGAAUAUGAAACAAUAGACACGAGGAUGUGUUCGUUUUGUAAGAUCACAGGCGAUGGCUACAACUACGAAGAGUCACGGCUGUUGUAUUGCGGGCAGAACGAAUGGGUACACGCCAACUGUGCCCUAUGGUCGUCAGAAGUAUACGAGGAGAUCGACGGUUCUCUGCAAAACGUCCAAAGUGCUUUAUCCAGAGGUCGAAUGAUCAGAUGCUCAAGCUGUAAGCAGAAGGGUGCGAGUGUCGGCUGUUGCUUCAAAGGUUGCUACGAGACCUACCACUUCAAAUGCGCCCAAAACUCGAAAUGCCAGUUCAUGCAUGACAAAACCGUAUACUGUUCCACCCACGAGGUACCGAAGAAAAGCCAUCCGUUGACCUCACCAAAGGAGUUCGACAUUUACAGGUCGGUUUUCGUGGAGGUCGACAAGAAGAAGAGGAAAUACUGUGAUAUGGAACGGGUUAACUUCAUGGUUGGGUCAUUGUGCGUCAAGAAUCUCGGCAAGGUUAAUCCACUGGUAUCGGAUUAUCCUGAUGUUAUUAUUCCCAUGGGCUUUGUUUGCACCCGGCUCUUCUGGUCAACUGUUGAUCCCUGGAAACUGGUUCCAUACAUCAUUACAACGUCAGUUUUAAGCACUCACUGCAGCUCUACGAUUGUAGACAAGAAUUUUACUGUGGAUCACUCUUUGUCCAAGCCGGAGGUGGAGAAAAUCCUUAAAGAGUUAUACGUUUGGCAAAAGGACAUCGACAAGAAAAAGUCGGAAGUCCUGGACUACGAAGACGAUGAAGAACCUCAAAAUGGGGCUGAUUUGCUUUCACCAGAGCUAACCAACGCCAUCCUGGAGGAAAUACCACACGACUUGCUGGACGGAAUAUCGGUACAAGACAUUUUUCCUGCAUCUCUGGCGUUUUCCAUGGACAACAAGCUAGAGCUGGGCGACGACGACAAUUUAGACAUGGACAUGAAGUCGUCCAAAGAGCUAAGGCGGAGCAAAUCCGAAGUGAUGCCCCAAAUCAACAAGCUCGAGCAAUUUUCCAAGUCCAGAGGGCAACAGCGGUCCUGCAGUUUAACCCUGAGUUGUAAGCUGGACAGUUCCCUCCCGCCAGCAAUAAAGAAACGGAAAAUGGCCGCAGCAACGCGGGAGAACAACAUGUUCUUUCAACUGCUGCAGGUCGACGGUAACUGCGACGACAGCAGCAGCAGCGAGUGUGGCUCACCCACCGGCACCGGGGUGGAUCCAUGGGGCAAUCCGGUGGGUGAAGAGCCGGUAACUUGCGAGAAAUGCCAGUGUACUUAUCGCACCCAGGCCAGUUACAAACGUCACUUGGACACGUGCGAGGUGCUUUGCACCAGCGAAAGCGACUCGGAACUGGACAACAACAUGAUCGUCCUCAGCAAACCCGUCGUGGAACGCUUAGACGAGCCUUCAUCAGUCGUACUGACGUCCUACGAGUCGUACCAAAACGAGAUUCACACUUCAGUAUUAAAUACUCAGACUUUUGUCACGGCUAAAUCGACGGAGCUGAUAUCGAUGCCUCACACGGAUAUUCCUUUGCAGAUGUCGCAGCCCAUACAGCAAAAGCAGAUGAUUCAGAACAUGACGGUGCCAGUUAACACGGUGGCACCCAUGAACUUGAAUCAACAAGUCACCGACGCAUCACACAACUCGUACACCAUUAAUCAUCCCGCCUUGACGAUAGGCGACAAUCACAUGUCAUCACAGCCAGCUCAGUAUUGCGUUAACCAAACGGUACCACUUUGCGUUAAUCAACCCUUACAACUACAAUCGAAUAGCAUUCAAGUCAGCCCCAACACCUCGAUUUUAAAUGCCGGAAAUCAACUCUUAAACCAGACGAUUUCAAUAAACCAAGGCUCCAUACAGAUAAACCAGCCAUCAACGUUACAACAGCCGUUAGAUUUUCAACCGCAGUCGGUUACGAUACAAUCAGUGCCGUUCAGCAACAACGUGACUCCAAUUUUGAACGUCACACCUCAAAAUCAGUUCGCGUUGAACGGUAAAAUCAUAACGACUAAUCCGUUGAUGCAGACUGUUAACGUUCCUACGACGCAGUGGGUGAAACCGGUGGCCAAGCCGACGGUUAUAGCACAGAAAACCAUCAAGGCGCGGGCCAGGAGUCGAACAAUCGCUGCCAAAAGACACUACGAGGAUGGGGACACAAUCAUUUUAAAUCAGAACUCAACAACAUCCCCGGUGAUAGUUCAGCAUUUGCCGUCCACUAAUUUUGUUCCGUUUGUUGACGCGUUCCAACAGCAAACUGGUCAAAAUGUUCAAUAUGUAGCAACUAUCGCACCUCAAGUCAACGCCACUUUACCCACACAACCCCUGGUCCAACUCCAACCGGAUAACAACCUCAUCAGCAUCGUGCCCGGCCUCCAGCCCACCAUGAUCAUCCAGCAGCCCCGCGUCAUCGAGAACCAGCUGGUGCUGGACAGCAACGGUUCCUUGGGAUGGGCGCCUCAAACCGUACAACCCGUCUAUUACGGAUUCGAAACGAUCGUUCAAAACACGGUGAUGCAGUCGCAACAAUUCCUGCCGACCACCGUGCCCGGCGUCCUGACCGCCAACAGCAGCUACUCGACGACGACGCAGGUGUUCCAGACCAGCAAAUUAGAGCCAGUAUUGGACGUCUCCUCCAAUAGCUUCGUACUAGUCAAUCCGGGACAGCUGGUCAACUCCCAGGCCAUCGAGGUGCCUCAGUACUCGCAAAGCCAGCCGAUUAACACGGUUGUGAGCAACAUACUGCCGCAGCAGGAGAUCAAAACGCAACCGCAAUCUGUGAUCAACUACUCACAAUCCGUUACAUCACACAAACCGGCCACGGUCACCACGUCGGCGACACACAGCAUCACCCUGCCGACGGCUCCCUUCGUACCUGAGCAAGGUAUACCCACGAACAUAGUUGUGCCGACACCCAAGCCGCCCACUUCCACCCAGAGUCGACCGAUGAGUCGAGUACUGCCAAUGCCCACGAAAAAGGAACACAAAAAGUUCGUCGUCGAGGAGGCCAAAAAGCAAAUCAUCGAGGAACCCAAAAAGAUCAUAUCCCAUAUCAAGUAUGAAGAUGUCAAAAAGGUGCAAAACAGCAAAUUCGAAGAGGUUAAAAAGUACAUGUACUUCAAGUACGAGGAGGUGAAUAAAAUUCAACCACCCCCAAUAGUACAGAUUAAAAUGGAAGAACACAAACCCAUCAGCCCUCCAAUGAAGGAAAUUAAGGUCCUGGAAAUGCCCAAGUUAAUCGACGACAUUGACAACCCAGUGAUAGAGGAAACCAAAGAAGUACCCGUGGAAGAUUUAAAAAUUGAACCGGUGAUACCUGCACCUCCGCCACCACCACCAUCUCCCGUCAUUCCUCCACCCCUUCCACCACCUCCUAACGUGGAGCCUCCGCCUCCACCUCCACCUCAGCCUGAGGAGCCUAAGGCUAAACCAUCCAAAAUAAUCAUACAAGACAUAAAAAUAUUAGAACCCAAACCUGUUAAAGCAACAGAAGUGACUAAAGAGGACAAAAAACCAAAAGCACCGCCAGAGCUGGUUAAAGAAGUAAAGCAGGAAGAAGAAACGGAAGAGCACAAGAGCGAAAAGUCGUUAAAACUGGUGUUCCACAAGCAAGGCCAAGAUGGCACAUACAAAGUAAGCAAUUCAAUCCACGUGGCCCCGUUUAAGCUCAAAAACGUUCUACCUCUGGUCGAGAAGAACAAGCAGGACGAGAAGAUCGAAAAACUAGAGCCAGUAACCAAAUCGAACGGCAGUAAAAAGGAGAACGACAACCCCAUGAUCGUGUACACGAUGGAAACCAAAGACGGAUUCAAAUACUCGUCGACUUCGAUCUCCGAUCUGUGGGACAAAGUCAUCGAGGCGGUGCAGGCGGCACGUGCGGCUCACAACAUGGCCCCACUUCCCACUUCCAACGUCUCGAUGAACGUGCCGAUAAGCGGACUGAAGAACGCCGCCAUGAAGUACUUGAUCGAACAGCUGCCCGGCGCGACCAAGUGCAGCAAGUACAAGCCGACGUUCAGCUUCCCGCCGCAUUCCAAGGAGCUGGAGGACGAGUUCCUGACCGGUCACAGUUUCGGGUCAAUCCGGUGUGCGCCCUUGGAGCGGGAACGGAAGGAGUACGACAUGUUCGGGUGGCUGUCGUCCAAGCACAGGAGUCCGGACGUCUCCUCCGAGACUGAAGUGCUGCCAAGGAGAGGCUCCGUUACUAACUUACCCAUGGCCAUGAGGUUCAGGCAGCUAAAGCUGACGUCCAAGCAAACCGUGGGUGUUUUCAGGUCCAGCAUUCAUGGGAAGGGUUUGUUUUGCCUUAAAGAUAUUGAGUCCGGGGAAAUGGUCAUCGAAUACGCCGGAGAGGUGAUCAGGUCUAUUUUGACGGAUAAACGGGAGAAGUACUACAAUUCGAAAGGUAUUGGCUGCUACAUGUUCAGAGUGGACGAUAAUUUUGUCGUGGAUGCUACGAUGAAAGGAAACGCCGCACGUUUUAUCAAUCACUCGUGUGAUCCUAAUUGUUAUUCAAAAGUGGUGGAGAUUCUGGGUCACAAGCACAUAAUAAUAUUUGCUUUAAGACGAAUUUUAAGUGGUGAAGAACUUACAUACGACUAUAAGUUUCCAUUUGAAGAGGACAAGAUUCCUUGCACAUGUGGCUCACGCAAAUGCCGUAAAUUUCUUAACUGAUAUUCAGUAUGAAACAUUUCCUCAAUUUUUUCAAAAUUUCCGUGUAGUUGACUAGAAUUUAUAUUAUAUACAUUAUAUCUUUUUUAUAUGGUUCCUUUACUCGAGUAUUAUUGUUUUGCGUUUUCGUUUGUGUAUUAUUUAAGGUGUAAUUUUCCGUAUACAAUUAAUUGGUUUGUGUUUUGUGUCGAUUUUUGUUUGUAUACUUUUUCCAUAUACGAUUGAUAUUUUGUAAUACUCGGACGUCUUGAGCAUUCAUUGCCGAAAACUAACCGUACCAUUUUUUUAAAUUUAGAUACUAAUGAAAGCUUAAGAACAGAGGGAAAUAUUUUGACUGAUAUUCAGUGUUUUCUUUUUUGAAAUUAGAGAUAUAUAUCAUUGUGGAACAAUGAUUAGUUUUUGAAAAACAAACUCACUUGUAUAAUUGUAAAUUUGUCUGUAAUUAUAGUGUAAAUAUCUCAGAUUUUUUAAUAUGUAUGUAAUUUUCUUCCCAGGUAGCACCUAUCACGGCCAUUAUAAAGUUACAUUCUUAAAAUAUAUAUAGAUUAAGAUUUUGUAAAGUCAACAGUAUUUGAAAAUUUUCGUAAGAUUUGGCUGUGAGGUUAUAUGCAUUUGUGCCAUUGGCUGAAUAGGUGUUACUUUAUUAACGUUUUUGAUAAAAAGAAAAUUGUCAUGUGAUAUGUUGCAUAAGUUUUUGCUAAAUUUUUCUCAAUAAAUUUAUAGCUGUUUGAAAUGAGAUCUUGUUGGUUUUUAACCGUUUUAUGUUGAAACGACGCGAGAUCCUACACGAACAUUUAACAAUAUUAUACUGUUGAACAAAAUUGUUGAGAUGAACAGAUUUUAUGUGAUAAAAAAGUAUAGUUUAUUUAUAUAUAGUCCUGAAAAAUACGGGGUGUAUAAACAACGUCCAUAUUUUGAAUCUCUGAGCGUAUAAUAUUGUUUUGUGUUUUUUUGCAUUUUGUUUAAGAAUCCAUAAAAUACAUCACCUUGCCAUUUUCCAUUUUGGUAACUUCCUUGUGCAGUCUUUUCUAUAUAUACAUAUAUUUUUUUCCUAUCGGAAUUAUCACGCUAGUAAGUUAAUAAAAAUGGAAAAUAUUUUUGUAUCAGCACUUGAAAUUUUAUAUGUACAAAGAGUACUUGUAGCUUUACAUACAGUUGGUUGUGAAUUUAUUAGUGAAUUACAUUUUGUUUUUAUUACGUUAAAAAUUAGGAAACAAAAAAAAAGUAUUUUUGUAUAACCCAUACGAUUUUUUUACGUGCUACGUAUUUAUGUUCUAUGUAGUUGAGUUAAUAAUUUACAACCCAAUUGUAAUUAUAAAAUGACAAUAUUGACAUAUCAAUAUAAAAAAAACAUAGAAUAUAUUAUUCUACAGUGUGUGAUAAGAGGCCUUGUAGUAUCAUACAUGUACGGGGAUGAUUGUUUAGUGUCUUAUAUCUUUUAACAUAUUUAAAUUGAGAACUAAUCAUACCCUACUUUGGUGCUUACUACUUGUAUUUAACUUCAGCAGCUGUGCUAACCUGUAUCUAUAUAUAUUAUUAAUAAAAAUUCGAUUUAA